AUGGGUUCUGGUGUUUCCACUAGUGCUUCAUUGGAAGUAGCUUUCUUCACGUUCCUAGAGGACCUUACUAAGACCACGGUUGAAUCACUAGAGUCUCAACAGGUGCCAACGAAGUGUUCAGACGUCGUUCUGUUGGUGGUGAAUUCUAAUGUGAAGCAUCAGUUAACUGGAAGCGAAUACCCUCAGAGGAGAGCGCAGUGUCAGCAGGCCGCUGAUGAAUUGGAGAAACCGUCCUUAAGGAGCGCCACUGAUCUUCCAAGGCGUCUGUUCUAUCAGUCCCACGAGUCUCUGAGCAAGCUGAUGGAGGUUUCUUGUCGCGAGUUAGACCAGCUGGUUGAUAUCAUGAGGUCAUCAGACGGAGUCUUCGGCGCCAGAAUGACGGGCGGCGGCUUCGGUGGAUGCGUGAUAGCCUUAGUAAAGAAGGAAUGCUUGUCAUCUAUAAAGAGCAAGGUCCGGGCGAAGUACAAAGGUAAGCCAGUGUUCUUUGAGUGCGAGCCGAGUGACGGAGCAAGAAUAUUGAAACUAGAAUAA